AGUCAAGAUGACAAAGUUGUAACGAUGUUGUAACUCUGAAGAUUCAGAUGCGACUGAUAAUUCGAAGGACAUCGCAGUGAGUUUAAAUACAGUUUGCGGUUCGUGGAUUAGCCUGCAAUCAUUACCUGAUAAUUUGCAUCAAACAAUCCGAGCGCGUUUGAGCCUGUCGUAACCUGCAAGGAUAGGUAAGGACAUGCUCACUUCUAGCCAAGCAGGUCAAUAAAAGGGUCGCUAUAAAUCAGUGUUCGGACUUGCGUUCGUUCGUUCGGUUGGUCGCUCGGUUUUCCAAGUAGGCCUUUUCCCUUGACUACAUAAGUAGCAGGCAGGUAAAUCGAGGGAACUUAUUUUAUGGCAAAACUUUACACCAAAAAUUUGACAACGCAUUUUCGCGAAUGCCUUCCAAGGAUCGUGACGUUAAUCCGCGGAGAGCAGAUGUUAGAGUCGAUGCCUGAUUUAUACCUGUUGACAUAUAAGAUGGAGUGCAAAUGAGUUGCAGCUGUCAGAUCUCACUGAACUAUUAAAGCACACACACGCAUACUACGAGAGUGAACAUAGAAUCGAGCAAUAUGGGAGUCUCUGAAAGUAAAAUGUCGCCUGAAAAGCCUUUGGCUGUUGUCAAUCCAAUGCCAGUAAUUGAUCUAACAGAUGGCGACGAUGCCAACGAGACGCAGAAUCAGGAUGAACCCAAGACAAAUGUAUCGCUGCAACUCUUUCACUAUCGCCAGCAAAUGGGACUUAAGCAGCAGUCGGCGAUCAAAUGGGCCUCAUCCAAAUUGCUGCUCACCGAGGAGCUGCUCAAGCAGCAAAAGCAAACGCAACAGAAUGUGGCACUAUCGUUGGAUGACUUUGAUUCGGAUACCGAAUGGGCUGAGCAACAAUUGGCCCUGCUAACAGAUGACGAUGAUGAUGAUAAUACCGAGAAUCGAGCUCCCUUGGCUGCACCAUUGAAUAGUGAACUGAAUAAUCUGAUGAACUAUCGGGUCAAGCUACGCAAUACCAUAUUGCAUUUGGCCCAAGAGAAGCUGCGGAAACGUGAAAAGACAAAGGUUAAGCGUUUGAAACGCCGUACGCUCAUCUCCUCCAAGAAGCCCAGCAGCAAGGACAAGUAUCGGGAUUAGUUAUAGCCUAGUUAUAUAUGUAUUGUAAAUGUAGUUAAGAUAUAGUUUUAGUUUUAAUAUAGUCUAUGUAUUUGUUUUUGUUUCUCAACGCAAUUAAACUGUCCUCUUGACACUGAUUACAAAAAAAAUAUAUUGCCAUCGCAUUUGUCAUUUGACCAACUUCCAAACACAGAAAGUUCAAUGUGCCCCGUGUCGAUGUCCCUGGGCAACCGCUUAACCCCUAUUGCAUAAUUAAUGUCCCCAAUUGGUAAAUGUAAUUGCGGAUUUCCACUGCAUCUCGACUUCGUUUGGUGUUGCGAGCCGUCAAGGACCAAUGUCCUUUAUACACACACACACACACACACACACACAUACAUACUGAUUGACUGACAUUUCUGGCUCCGCUUGCUGCUUUUUUUAUUUCUUUGAGGGUUAAAAAUACUACUUGAAAUACUUGGGACUGUGAAUUGGGUGAAGGUGCUUGGCACAUAAAGUUUUGAAUUUUGCUGAGUAAAUUGUGUUCCUUGUUAAAAGUUCUAAAUACUUUCUCUUAUUACAAAUACUGUUCCCCUUAUAGAAAAUUAGUCC